AUGCUUAAGAUCACGAAAGGAUAUUUUGACACUGAGGUGCAAGCUCUGAACAAGAAGAGGAAAAAGGCCAAGGGAAGAAAACGGUACAUUCCACAGAGAAAUUCUGUGGCGUACGCAUUACUAAUAACGUUGCACAGAGGGACUGCGAAUGGGAAAGAAUACAUGGGCAAACAAGAGCUUAUUGAUGCUGCUGACGCGAGUGGGCUCUCACACGCUCCUGUUGCAGAAGAAGAACAACAAUAUACCGAUCCGAGAAGUAGGGCAGAAUCAGCCAUUCCAAGUGAUAUUCUUGAAAAGUUUACACCGUUUGGUUAUUCUAAGGAACAAGUCGUUGCUGCAUUCAAAGAAGUUUCAGAUGGAUCUCAGGACAAAGAUCCAUCAACUCUCUGGCUAUCUGUAAUGUGUCAUCUUCGUCAAGCAGAAGUUUAUAAUCCCUGUUCGGAUUCUCGAAACAGAACGAAAGAUCCAGCAGGACCUUCUAGAGCCCAAACUUGCCAAAUUGAUCUUGAGGGAUCUCAUGCUAAGAAGUUCCGCUCUUGCAAUGAUGGAACCGCCUUAAGACCAUGUUCAUCCGCUUUGUUUGUUCCUCAUUGGUUACAAAAGUUACUUUCAGAUAGAACCGAAGGAGUUACAAAUAUUCCAUACCUUCCUCCUCUUACAUUUGGAGAAGCGUUUGAGGAAUCAUAUCAGGUGAUAUUGAUACUGGAUGACCGGGAACAGUUUGCCACUAAGGGAUCACGAUCAAGGAAAAUAGUUGAUAACAUAUGCUCUGAAUUCAAGAUCAAGAUUGAGAGAUCGGGAUUCAAGAAGCUGAUAUACAUCAUUGAAGGGGAUCCAAACCAUUCUGAUGUAGCAGAAAGCAUUAAAACUGCCUGUUUCACAACGGAGAUUCUGGAGGGAUUUGAUGUGAUGAGGACAAGCGGGCUUGGUGAGACGCUGAGAAAAUACGGUUGUCUCACUAAAUCAAUACACCAAUACUACAAGUCGCGGGUGAAUGAUGAGCAGAGCAAAGUCUCGGCUUCGUAUCAUUCUUUUGAUAGUUUUGUGAAAAGGUGUCAAGACCUCGAUAAAAUGACAAUCAGCGAUGUGUUUGCCAUUCAGCUUAUGCAGGUCCCGCAAGUAACAGAGGAAAUCGCCAUAGCGGUUCUUGAUAUGUACCCAACACUUUUAUCUCUUGCUUCUGCCUAUUCUCAUCUCUGUUGUGUUUGUCCUUUUGACCAUUGUUUGUUCACGAAUUCCGCCAUAACAGAUUCCAAGAAGGCCAAAACCAAAUGA